AGUCUGUGCUACCCUCGGAGCAGGGACAGCUUUAAACCUGGCCUUUGGUUAGUCCCCCAGACCCACGAACCCCAUUGCUGCUGUGUGUGCAUUCAGAGCAGGGCAGCCCCCAGCCCUGCCCCCCAGUCCCAGCAACCUCUCCCCUGCUGCAUUUGCAUCUGGGCAGGGUGUGACCAGCUGCAGGAAGAAGCCACUCGCUGGGAGGCCAGACAAGCAUCCAGCAGAACACUCCACCCCCGCCCGGUGAAGCGAACCAGGAAACCAGGCUGCUCAAGGAAGCAGGGGCAAGGGCUCCCAGCGGGGAGUUUCCUGGGUGACCGGCAGGGCAGAUCAGACGCCAGUUCUUCGCCCAGGUGCGGAGAUGGGCCGGCAAGGUUCGUGGGAGCUGCUUUUGGUCCUGGGCUUUGUGCUGCAUUUGGGGUGGAUCCUCCGUGCGAACUCCGCAGGAGCACUGGGGGCGCCUACGGUGACAGAAACCAGCCCUUCGGCACUUGUCACCCUCACCCCUCCAAGGACCAAUACCACGGCUGUUCAGACCACCACACCCACGUCUGUUACCACGUCCCUAAGGGAAACAACAUCAGCUGUGGACAGCAUUACAGAAAUCCUGGUGGGCAACAGCUCCACGAGCGUGUCGAGUACUGCAACAAGUGAGAGCACAGUCCCAGUGCCUCGCACCACAGAAAGGGGAACUUCAACAGGCACUGCGACAGUGACAGUCAACACCCGUUCAACAACUAACACAAUCACCACACCCCUGGAGACUACAGCCGGAAGAGGGAGCAUCCCAACAGCUUCUCUUGUCGCCAUGGCAAACACAACCGCAACUCAAGGGGCUGUGCCUACAGUGUCAGAAACCAGCCCUUCGGCACUUGUCACCCUCACCCCUCCAAGGACCAAUACCACGGCUGUUCAGACCACCACUCCCAUGUCUGUUACCACGUCCCUGAGGGAAACAACAUCAGCUGUGGACAGCAUUACAGAAAUCCUGGUGGGCAACAGCUCCACGAGCGUGUGGAGUAGUGCAACAAGGGAGAGCAUAGUCCCAGUGCCUCGCACCACAGAAAGGGGAACUUCAACAGGCACUGCGACAGUGACAGUCAUCACCCGUUCAACAACUAACACAAUCACCACACCCCUGGAGACUACAGCCGGAAGAGGGAGCAUCCCAACAGCUUCUUUUGUCGCCAUGGCAAACACAACCGCAACUCAAGGGGCUGUGCCUACAGUGUCAGAAACCAGCCCUUCGGCACUUGUCACCCCCACCCCUCCAAAGACCAAUACCACGGCUGUUCAGACCACCACACCCAUGUCUGUUACCACGUCCCUGAGGGAAACAACAUCAGCUGUGGACAGCAUUACAGAAAUCCUGGUGGGCAACAGCUCCACGAGCGUGUCGAGUACUGCAACAAGCGAGAGCACAGUCCCAGUGCCUCGCACCACAGAAAGGGGAACUUCAACAGGCACUGCGACAGUGACAGUCAUCACCCGUUCAACAACUAACACAAUCACCACACCCCUGGAGACUACAGCCGGAAGAGGGAGCAUCCCAACAGCUUCUUUUGUCGCCAUGGCAAACACAACCGCAACUCAAGGGGCUGUGCCUACAGUGUCAGAAACCAGUCCUUCGGCAGUUGCCACCCUCACCCCUCCAAGGACCAAUACCACGGCUGUUCAGACCACCACUCCCAUGUCUGUUACCACGUCCCUGAGGGAAACAACAUCAGCUGUGGACAGCAUUACAGAAAUCCUGGUGGGCAACAGCUCCACGAGCGUGUGGAGUAGUGCAACAAGGGAGAGCAUAGUCCCAGUGCCUCGCACCACAGAAAGGGGAACUUCAACAGGCACUGCGACAGUGACAGUCAUCACCCGUUCAACAACUAACACAAUCACCACACCCCUGGAGACUACAGCCGGAAGAGGGAGCAUCCCAACAGCUUCUCUUGUCGCCAUGACAAACACAACCGCAACUCAAGGGGCUGUGCCUACAGUGUCAGAAACCAGUCCUUUGGCACUUGUCACCCUCACCCCUCCAAGGACCAAUACCACGGCUGUUCAGACCACUACACCCACGUCUGUUACCACGUCCCUGAGGGAAACAACAUCAGCUGUGGGCAGCAUUACAGAAAUCCUGGUGAGCAACAGCUCCACGAGCAUGUCGAGUACUGCAACAAGCGAGAGCACAGUCCCAGUGCCUCGCACCACAGAAAGGGGAACUUCAACAGGCACUGCGACAGUGACAGUCAUCACCCGUUCAACAACUAACACAAUCACCACACCCCUGGAGACUACAGCCGGAAGAGGGAGCAUCCCAACAGCUUCUCUUGUCGCCAUGGCAAACACAACCGCAACUCAAGGGGCUGUGCCUACAGUGUCAGAAACCAGUCCUUUGGCACUUGUCACCCUCACCCCUCCAAGGACCAAUACCACGGCUGUUCAGACCACCACUCCCAUGUCUGUUACCACGUCCCUGAGGGAAACAACAUCAACCGUGGGCAGCAUUACUGAAAUCCUGGUGGGCAACAGCUCCACGAGCGUGUCGAGUACUGCAACAAGCGAGAGCACAGUCCCAGUGCCUCGCACCACAGAAAGGGGAACUUCAACAGGCACUGCGACAGUGACAGUCAUCACCCGUUCAACAACUAACACAAUCACCACACCCCUGGAGACUACAGCCGGAAGAGGGAGCAUCCCAACAGCUUCUUUUGUCGCCAUGGCAAACACAACCGCAACUCAAGGGGCUGUGCCUACGGUGACAGAAACCAUACCCACCAUCAUCAACACUACUGCAGCAGUCCAUAAUAUCACUGUCUCCACUAGAAGCACGAUGGUUAAUCUCCCUGCUACAGGUAGCUCCAGUAGGACAACACCGACCACUGAGGUUACCACACCACCAGCAACAACCACGGGAUCCUUUGCUAGGCCUAACUCCACUGCCCUGACUCAGGUCCCAGAUGUCCCGACAGAAGAGCAGAAGACAGCACCCCCUACUUGCCACCCUCCGGCUGCCAAUGCAACCGGUGGUCACCUCUUCCUGUCGCUGGGCCUGACCACGCACCUGAACCUCAGUGAGCCCAGCCUCCACGAGCCGGUAUAA